UCCGGCUUCCUACAUACUGCCAUGGGGCACCUUAAGCUCUCAGCCCUGUUCAUCAUGUGUCUGCUGCUCCUGAGCCAGGUGGCUUCAUCUCCACUGCCUCAACAGAGAUCAGUCCAGAGAAGACUAAGAAGGAUGACUCCCUUCUGGAGAGGUGUUUCCCUCAGGCCCAUAGGGGCAUCCUGUCGUGAUGACUCUGAAUGUAUCACAAGACUAUGCAGGAAAAGACGUUGUUCACUCAAUAUGAUCCAAGAAUAAUAUAUUUACUGAAGAAAAGAGAAGAAAGCAGCUACAUCCAACAAUGCUCCGUUCUAUGGAAUAUUGGUUAUUAGCUGUAUAUCUUACUGAAGAUAUCUGUGAAGCUUUUACUAUUUAAUAUUUAAAGGUAGAUGCAUACCUUAACUUAGACACCCCACCCCCCCAUUCUUUGAGAAUGGGCAUGUGGAUAAAGACAUUUAAACUUGAGAAAUUUAAGAGUCUGUAUUUUUAUAUGUAUUAUUGCUUAAGUUUGAAAAAUUAAAUUAAAUUGUUUUUCUUAAUAAUGAAACAAAUCUGGAAUUCAAGCUUUGGGGAUAUGGGAUGUAAAAAAAUCUCUUUUUUGGAAUUACA